AUUAACCACCGCAAAGAUGCCAAUCUUAAACGAUAUUAUUAUUUAAUCGCCACAGAGCUGACAGAGAUAAGUGCGUACACCUCUGUCACCAGCAGCCUAACCAACAUGUCCUCAUUAGCGAUUCCAGUAACAUAUAGCCAGUUCGUACUCACUUUGCUACGAUCCUACGUCUUCUGGCUAUAUUCAAUAAUAAUUCCUACAACCGUGACCGAUCGUAUUUAAUCGCGAAAUGCACCGAAUCGAUAAUAUAUUUACAUAAAUGUGAAUACUGGCAUUUGGCGCCAUCAUGCCUGAAAAAAUAACUGUGGAAGUUCGAUGUCACGUGACCGACCCAGCGAGAUCUCGCGAUUUGCCUUCACGGAUUAUGGAUUACAGUAAGAUUGGAGGUCAACAGGACUUGAAAAGUAAAAUUGAUGAAGCCUGCAGAACUGCUGAAGAAUUUACUAAAUUAUAUUACGAAAAUUUGGACAAAAGAAGAUAUUUAAUGUCAAGAUUGUACAUGGAUGCAGCUACUUUAAUAUGGAACGGUAAUGGUGUAGAAAACAAAGAAAAUAUCCAAAAAUUCUGGACAGAUUUACCACCCUCAGAACAUACUAUUGUUACUUUAGAUGCACAACCUGUUACGAAUCCAGGAACAUCAACAGAGUUAACAUUCCUCAUUAAAGUCAGUGGACAAGUCAAACUUGAGGAAAAAUCCUCAAAACCAUUCAAUCAAACUUUUUUAAUCACGGCGGUUGGAGACAAAUGGAAAAUUGUUACCGACUGUUUCAGAGCAGUAGAUAUAUAACACAAGAUAUAUAUGUUAAUUUAUACAAGUAUUGUUAAAUAAUAAUUUCAUUAGAUAAUUUUAAUGAAAACGUAUGUCUUGCUUAUAAAUUGUAUAUAUUGUAUAAUAAUAUUAAGAAAAUGUUCACAUUAUACAUAAGAAAUUUCAUAAAAUAUGACAUCGCUUUAUUAUUAUUAUUCUAUGAUGCUCUUUAUUGAUUUAAGAAAGCAUUUUAGUUCCAUAAUUAAUUUUUUAUUUUCAUUUUUCGAUCUUAUAUGAAUGUAUAAAGCAAUAUUAAAAAUUUUGUAUUAGUGAAUUCAGUACAUUGGUCUUUAGAAAUGUAAUUUCACAUGAAAAAAUAAAAAAUAAAUACAGAUAUAAAUAGACA